CGACGCACUCGUGGACCCCAUGCGUCAGUGGGCUUGUUCCAUCGCGAGCGCUCGCCAUAAACUCGUCUCGUGCUCUUCGCCUUCGCCGUCGCCUCACCACCCCGCAGACAUGGCGGCCUCCUCCGUCCGCCUCCUCCUAGCCGCCGACACCUCCGCCGGAUACCGGCGCUCCGCAUUAAGAUACGUCCCUGUGACGUCCUCUCUCUCCUUCCCCCGCCACCCGUCGUUCCGCAGCCGCGCCAACCUCUCCUGCUCCGCCUCCCUCUCCCUCCCUUCCGGCGGUGGCUACUCGCCGCCGAACGUCGUUCCCUUCAAUCUCCUGCCGCCUGACUCUGAUUCCUUCAUCGAGUGGGACCCACCCCUUCUCGACUCCGCCUCCUCGCCGCUCGGCGACGGCGGGGCAGGCGAGGGCGCCACGCUUGUGGUUCUGCUCGGGUGGCUCGGCGCGCGGCAGAAGCACCUGCGCCGCUACGCCGAGCUCUACCGCGAGCGCGGGGUCGGCGCGGUGCGGUUCGUGGUGCCCGUGCGCGAGCUACUCGGGCUCGACCUCGGGCGCCGCGUCGAGCGCAGGGUCGCCGACCUUGCAGCCGAGGUCGCCGCCUGGUGCGACGCCGACCGCCGCCGCACGCUCCUCUUCCACACCUUCAGCAACACCGGGUGGCUCGCCUAUGGUGCCGUACUGGAGAAUCUACAAUCAAGAGCUGAUAUAACUGAGAGAAUAAGAGGAUGCAUUGUAGACUCUGCACCAGUUCUAGAGAUAAGACCAGAGGUCUGGGCGGCUGGGUUCUCUGCUGCCAUGUUGAAGAAAAGUAGUUCCAUGACAGGACCUUCAGCUGAAUUUCUUGAUGGACCUAUUCUAAAUGACACCUUGAACAGAGUUAGCUCAAAUGUGACGCGACCAUCAUGGGGUGAAUGCUGUCUUCUGUCAACACUACAGAAAUUCUUUGAGCUUGUUCUUCACAUACCUGAUGUAAACCAGCGACUGUGCAAGGUUCUCUCGGUUCUUUCAGAUGAGCAGCCUUCUUGCCCCCAGUUCUACCUAUACAGCUCAGCUGAUCGAGUGGUACCGGCUGAAUGCGUAGAGAGCUUCAUUGACCUGCAGAAAUCGCUAGGGCAGAGGGUAUUCACCCACAAUUUUGUCUCGUCACCCCACGUGGACCACUACAGGAGCUUCCCCCAUGUCUACUCUGCCAAGAUUGACGAGUUCAUGAAGAUCUGUUCGACAGCUACAGUAUCAUGACCCGUCUUGGACUAACAGGCCUGUUGAACAACUUUCUGAUGUUGUAUUUCCAAGCUGUAGCCACUGUUAUAUUAGCCUGAAGGUAUUUCUAAUUCGUCGAAUGUGUCAAUUCUACUUCUUGAAGCUGAAGGCUGUGCUCAUUGAAAAGAAUAGUGAUGCUGCUGAUCUCUUAUUCGAUUCGGUCUCUGCCACGGCCAGGUUGGUGUCUGCACCCUUUAUAUAUAGCCAUCAUGUUGAUCCACCAGAUCACCACCACCUACCACGGCUAACACAAGGCUCGUGCAUAUACCACCAUGGCCAUGGAAGGAUCAAGAGGAGGAGAAGACGCCGCUGCGGCCGAUGGCAAAGGGAAGCUCCGAGGGGGAGGCAGGCGGCCUCCUACGCGGCCGUCGUGAUCGGGGGCACCUUCGACCGGCUGCACCAGGGGAUUCGCACCAGGGCCACCAUCUCUUCUUGAAGGCAGCGGCGGAGUUCGCGAGGGAGAGAAUUGUGAUCGGCAUCUGCGACGGCCCGAUGCUCAGCAACAAACAGGUUAAUUUUCCCUUUAGCCCUGUCGCCUGCCAAGUUCUGAUUCGGUUACUGAACAGGUUGAUUGACACCAUGAUCGCAACACUGCUACCAUUAGUCCAAUUCAACAUUCCUAGCAAAGCUCGCUUCUACUCCAAGGGCAUGCACUGUAUGUCGAGGGUAACACUUGCUUCGAUUCUAAUAAACCAUGGCCACAUUGUUCAUUAUCUAAAAAAAAAUGGUCACAUUGUUACUGAAAUUC